AUGACGCACGCAGUCCUUCUCGACCGGUUCUUCCACCGGCCCCUACUACGGCUGGCUCUGCAGGCGUCGGCCGGCGCGGCCGCGGCCGCCCUGAGCGCCGGCGUCUUCGUCGAGCUCUCCCAAACGGGCAACGGCGGCCCCGACGAGACGCGCGAGCUGCGCAUGCUCGAGGCCUCGCGCCGCGAGAUCCGCAAGUCGGUCGGCGACGACGAGCGCGGCGUCUCCAGGGCCGUGCACCGCCUCGUCCUCCUGCUCGACCUGUGCAUAUGGGAGCCGCUGUGCACGGGGCUGAGGUUCCUGCAGCUCGUCGUCAUAUUCGUGCCCGUCCUGGCCGCCGCCCCCGCCAUCUGGGUCGGCAGCCGGCAGCCCGGCAGGGACAACGAGCGGCGCGGCGCGCUCUGGUGGUACGGCUUGCUCGUCCGGUCCAUGGAGCUGGCCGGGCCGACCUUCAUCAAGCUGGGGCAGUGGGCGGCCUCCCGCUCCGACAUCUUCCCCGGCGAAAUGUGCGAGGCCAUGUCCAAGCUGCACUCCAACGCGCCGGCCCACUCCAUGCGCGCCACGCGCAGGACCGUCGAGGCGGCCUUUGGCGGCCGGCCCUUUGACCAGGUCUUUGACGAGUUCGACGAGGAGCCGCUGGGCGUGGGGGCCAUCGCCCAGGUCUACAAGGCCAAGCUCAGGCCCGAACUCGCCAUGCCCGACGGGCUCCACGACGGCCACGGCGACCGCGGCGACGACGGGAUAGCCCGCCACGUGAGGCGGAGCGUGGAGACGGUGCUCAAGAGCUCGCCCAGGCGCGUGCCGUCGUCGUACGUGGCCGUCAAGGUGCUGCAUCCCAAGGUGGAGCGGACGGUCCGGCGGGAUCUCCGCAUCAUGGGCUUCUUCGCCGCCGUCCUCAACGCCAUCCCCACCAUCGAGUGGCUCUCGCUGCCCGACGAGGUCGCCCAGUUUGGCGAGAUGAUGAAGCUCCAGCUCGACCUGCGCAUCGAGGCGGCCAACCUGGCGACGUUUCGGCGCAACUUCCGGGACCGCACGACCGUGACGUUCCCGUACCCCUACACCGACUUUACCACGCGCCAGGUCCUGGUCGAGGAGUUUGCCCAGGGCAUCCCGCUCGCCGACUUUAUAGAAAACGGCGGCGGCGUCUUCCAGCACGACAUUGCCAGCGAGGGGCUCGACGCCUUCCUCCGCAUGCUCCUCCUCGACAACUUUGUCCACGCCGACCUGCACCCGGGCAACAUCAUGGUGCGCUUCUACCAGGCGGCGCGGCCCGAGAUCCGCCUGCCCAGGAAAAAGCCCCAGGACCUCGCCCCCCGCGGCCGGGAGCGGGAGGCGGAGCAGCGGCACGAGCAGCGGCACGGGCAGGCCGACGUGACGGAGCAGGUGCUGCAGCGGCUGCGGCCGCUGCGCCACCGCGGCAACCGGGCCGCCUGGGAGGCCGAGCUGGCCAAGCUCGACGCCGAGGGAUACCGCCCGCAGCUCAUCUUCAUCGACACGGGCCUCGUGACGGAGCUCAACGCCACCAACCGCGCCAACUUCCUCGACCUGUUCCGCGCCGUGGCCGAGUUUGACGGCUACAAGGCCGGCCAGCUCAUGUGCGACCGGUGCCGCCAGCCCGACGCCGUGCUCGACCGCCAAGUCUUCGCCCUCGAGAUGCAGCACCUCGUGCUGGGCGUCAAGAGCCGCACCCUCGCCCUCGGCAGCGUCAAGAUCGGCGACAUCCUGCAGCGCGUCCUGGCCAUGGUGCGCCGCCACCACGUCCGCAUGGAGGGCGACUUUGUCAACGUCGUCAUCAGCAUCCUCCUCCUCGAGGGCAUCGGCCGCAGCCUCAACCCGGACCUGGACCUGCUGAGCAGCUCCCUGCCCAUCCUGCGACAGCUGGGCGCCCAGACGGGCGCCAGCAUGGCCAAGAGGGGCGACUUUUCCAUGAUCCUGGUCUGGGUCGGGCUGGAGGCGCGCAAGUUUCUGCAGGCGAGCAUCGAAGAUGUCGAACGAUGCGUCAAGUACGAUCUCUUGUCGCCUAAUGUGUGA